AUGCUCUUUACCUCCUUGAGCUCAACCCGAGCCAAUUCUCAGCCCUUUUAUUCAGAUUUCCUUUUUCGACCGGAUAGAGUCGGACUCGAGCGUCACGCGACCAGCAUACGUUUUUCGUUCCUUUUUCUUUUUUUUUGCUUCUUCUGCUUCCUUUUCCCCUUGACGUCUCAAAUAGCAGACAAACGUCAACAGGAGACCCCUGGGGAACGAGAGGGAGAUGUACAAACAGGCGACAGGACAGAUUUGCAGAACACGCAGCAGCAGGUAUGGACCGUCCAGGCUAGUUCAGACCGUUGGUUUUGGGUGACUCAGCGCUGGGCGAGGCCUUGUUUCACCGCCUCAGCUAUAUAUCAUCGUCAUCAGCAGCAGCAACAGCUCUUCUUCUUCCUUAACUGGCCUGCAUCUACCCAAGGCUAUUCUUCGUCUUCCAAACUUAAGUACGGUGCUUCGCCGUUACUGGGAGUUCCGUUUUAUAUAACAACAGAAAGGGUUUCUUUUAUUUUCUUUCUUUCUUUUUUUAUCUUGUUUCCUCUCCUAUAUACCUUAUUAUAUACUGUCCAAUUUCUACUUCCACCUUUCUUUUCUACGCCGCUGAAAGAAAAAAACCUGGACAAGUUGCUUCUUGUCUUGCGACCACCAGAAGGCAAGACAAAUAAGAGGGAGUCUUGCUUCAGCCCUGACCUGAAAGAUCCUGCAAGCUGCUGGGGACUGGGGCGGGAGAGAGGGGCGUUGCAACGCAGAUGGCCACCUGCUUUUGCCAGUACUGGUAUGGAUGAAGGAGUCUCUAUUCUCUCCUACCCCCCUUCCCUUCUCCCUCCCUCACCCCUGUCCUCGGUAGUGCAGGGCCAGUGCUGUUUGACAUGGAAUCAACCUUUACUUCCUUUCUUUUCCCUCGCCACUCUUCAAUUCUAUACUGUAGCCAACGGUAAGAUAUACCCCUUCUUCCUCUUCUUCUCUCUACCUUAUCCGGACUUAUCCGUAUCAUUUGCCUCGCAUGAGCAAAUGAUACAGGUAGGACUUUCUUCAACCUUCUAUACUUUUUUUCUUCCCUUCUCCCUGGAAGCGCAUGUUUACUUAUUCUGCCUCUCUUUUCUUCUUCUUGAUUCAUCCUCCAGGUGCCGAAAUCAAGACUCUAUAAAACCUCUAGCAACUCCUUCGAGGCCCAUAUUCUUCUCACGGGCAACAUCUUCCUUCUCCUCCUCAUUAUUCUCCCCGGUUCUCAUCCCCAAGUCAUAUCCAUAUCGCCAGAGUGCGAAGGCCGGCUCCUUUUCAGACCCUGGCUUGCUCUACUCGUUACCAAAUACAACCAUUUCCCUUUCCACUAGCCUGCCGCAGCUGAGCAUUCUACAUCAAGAGCCUGAGACAAUGCCUUCCACACGCCAGUCCCGAUCCAAGCCAGUUCAAUUCACGGCUGCGUAUCAAUAUCUCGCUCAGUUCCUGCAAGCGGGGAAGACACCGAGUACUUCACAGCGGUCUGGCCCAGGGUAUAAAAAAGGUGUAUGUCUUACCGGCGGGAAGGAAGCCGGUGAUAUGCCAUUGUUGACUCACUCCCCGGCUACGACGGUGGUUUCGGCGGAUGAUAGCCCCAUCACACCGUCUGAAAGGAGCCCAGAUGAAAAAUUCACUCUACUACAGAACGACAUGAUCGAAUCCAAGUCUACAGCUCUUGCCCCGGUGAUGGUGCAUGGAGACGGAGCUUUGCUCGAAAAGACUCAGUAA